AUGCGAACGGAAAGCGACGCCGCGGUCCAGUUCGGAAAGGCCCCUUUUCCCCGGGCCCUUUACGCGCAGCAAGCAGUCCAACUUUAUAAAUUAAUGUCGGCCCGGCCCCAACGACGCCACCCAAAAGGAAAUGGGACACGCAUAAAACAACAAGGACGCCAACAAAAUAACAAGAGCAGAAUUCUAUCCCCCGGAAGAACAGGCGGAGGGGAGGCGAGGAGAGGAGAACGACGAGAGCGAGGACCCGAUCCCCGCCGUGCCGUCUCCUCCGUGUUUCCGAUCGGUCGCCCGGUCCUCCCGCUAGAAAUGGCGCAAGAGAGUUGGAAAGAGGCAGAGGAUACGGGUGUCCACGCGCCCGAGGCUCCGAUAAUGUGCAUCAACAACUGUGGCUUCUUCGGCAACCGGAUGACCGAAAACAUGUGCUCGAAGUGUUACCGAGACACUGUCAAGGCCAAGAAGAUGGCCCUUCUAGUUGAGAACAAAACUGCCGCUGCUGUUGCAUCGUCACCCACACCAUUGGUGGCCGAGAUCAAGGAUGAAGCGUCUGCCUCAGCCAAAGAAGGAAAACAAGUAGCCGAGGAGGAGGCGCCGAAGCCACCGAGCAACCGCUGCCUGUCGUGCCGGAAGAAGGUCGGGCUGACGGGGUUCAAGUGCCGCUGCGGAGACACCUUCUGCUCGAUGCACCGCUACGCCGACGCGCACGAUUGCAAGUUCGACUACAAGCAGGCCGGCAGGGAGCAGAUCGCCCAGCAGAACCCCGUGGUCAAGGCUGACAAGGUCACCAGAUUCUGA